CUGGCACUCACUGUCGCCGCGGGGCGGCCUCCCUCUACGUGAUCUGAGCAUCCUUCCGGAGGCCAACAGACCUCGGUUUAGGGGUGGCUUCUGAGCUUGCCUCAGUUGGCGCAAAGGAAGGACCAGAUUGCUGCCCCUAAAGUGCGUAAAGUGGCAGACGCUCAAGCGAGCCGCCAUAGGGACGGACGCCAGCACACGUAGUGGCCGGGGCGAGCAUCGCUGGCUCUGCCGGGAGGCUCAAGCCAGCAGCAGACAAGCAAGCGGCCAACCUCGCUGCCUUUCUGACUCCUCCGGCGUUGGGGAUCGCAUAGGGCGGGACACGGGUGACCGGAAGUGGGAGCCAUGAGCAUCUGAGGCGCAGAUGCUGGAGGCGUUGGCUGGACCACCGCUGCGCACGCAUGGCGAGCGCUGGGCGUCGAGCUGCGUACCUACAGCUAACCUGGGCACCCGGGCUCUCUGGGGCGGGAUCUUUGCAGAACCCACCGCUCUCCAGGGGCAUGGGAACAUUGACUCUAGAUCAGGACCCUGCUGCCAAGACGCUGUCGCACGGCGCCCGGGCCUGCCCUACUGGCCCGUGAAUCCCUGGAGCCCCCGAGAGACUUGGUGACUGGGGCGAGCGGACGAGUGCGCACGCGCGGGGCCGCCGUUGACACGUGGCAGGGAGCAAAGGCGUCUCUGCGCGCGCGAAGCACUGUAGUCUUCUCUAAGACCGCGGCCCAAGUGACCCUCCUUCCCUCCGAGUGUGAUAAAAGCUGGUGCCGUGUUGGGAUUCGCCUUGCCGCCCCCACUUUCCUCCCCAUUACUCAGAGCAGCCAGGGAGGGGCCAGCGCGCAUGGGUCAUCUUGGAACAGACCGACCUACCUAGAGUCCCUGCCCUCUGUCAGCUUAUUGGCCUCUCCCUGCAGCUGGUGUCAGUGGCAGCAUGGUCUUCUGUUUGGAAAACGAGAUGCCACACCGCCUGCUGGGAAGCGCCAUGGUCCACUUCCAUACCUCGGAAGUCCAGCAGCUGCUACACAACAAGUUCGUGGUCAUUUUGGGGGACUCCAUCCAAAGAGCUGUGUAUAAGGACCUGGUGCUUCUGCUCCAGAAAGACACACUGCUCACAGCUUCCCAGUUAAAAGCCAAGGGGGAGCUGAGCUUUGAACAGGACCAGCUGGUGGCUGGGGGCCAGCUGGGAGAGCUGCACAACGGGACACAGUACCGCGAGGUCCGCCAGUUCUGCUCUAGCUCUGGCCACCACCUUGUGCGCUUCUACUUCCUCACCCGAGUUUACUCCGAGUACCUUGAGGACAUCCUGGAGGAGCUGUCAUAUGGACCGGCCCCUGACCUAGUGAUCAUCAACUCCUGCCUCUGGGAUCUCUCCAGAUAUGGCCGCUGCUCAAUGGAGAGCUACAGGGAGAACCUGGAACGAGUCUUUGUACGAAUGGAUCAGGUUUUACCAGACUCUUGUCUGCUGGUGUGGAACUUGGCAAUGCCUCUGGGGGAACGUGUCACUGGGGGUUUCCUCCUGCCAGAGCUCCAGCCCCUGGCAGUGUCUCUGCGACAGGAUGUGGUUGAGGGGAACUUCUACAGUGCUACACUAGCCGGGAAACACUGUUUCGACGUCCUAGAUCUCCACUUCCAUUUCCGGCAUGCUGUACGUCACCGUCAUCGAGAUGGUGUCCAUUGGGACCAGCAUGCACACCGCCACCUCUCGCACUUACUUCUGGCCCACGUGGCCGAUGCCUGGGGUGUGGAGCUGCCCAAACAUGACCGGCUGCCAGACCCAUGGAUUGAGGACUGGUCAGAGAUGGAUCAUUCAUUCCAGGGAAGCCAUAAGCAGCCCCCAGACUUCAGGGAGAAGCUGGCCUUGUCCCUGCUCCCACCUUUCCAUUUGCCUCCUCCCGUGUCUUUUCCUUACCCACUUCAGCCCUCACCACCUCCCUUGUUCCCACCCCUGCCCCAGGAUACCCCCUUUUUCCAAGGCCAGCCCUUUCCACCCUAUGAAUUCAAAUACAAUGCAAUGGAGGACUUCUCAAUGCCAGGAUGUGGCCCUGGAAUGAACUUUGUGCCUGGCCCCCUGCCACCAUCAGUCUCUGGCCCUGUCUCCCAUGGUCAACACCGGGGCCCAGUGGUCCACCGGGGCAAGCCACGUUAUGUUCUGAACAACCCCUACCAUGUACCAAGAAUUGGGGGUCCAUGCAGGCAUCGACUCAGACAUUCAGACAGACUGAUCCACACAUACAAACAGGACAGGCGGGGACAUGCCCAUUCGGGAACAUGGCCUGGAUAGGCAGGAUCUUAAGAUGAAGCUAGAGAUACCAGUGGCCCUGGAGAGGCUGUCUGGUAGCCUAGCUGUUAGGCCGGGGUGUUCUUGUCCAUUGCUGAUAUCAAUAAAAGCAUGGAAGGACA